UCACUUCACCUUCUCCCCUUCCCAAACAAGAUUUCCUUUCAUGGCGUCCUCUUCACCCCUUCACUUUUAUAUGCCGUUUCAACCUCCUUCAACUUCCUACACCGCCAACCACCUUCCGGCUGUCUCUCUAAACCUCCGUCCACUGUCGUCCCGUUGCUCCGUCGUUUGCUGUGCUCGCCGUCGUAGCAGCGCUUCCUCCAGCAAAAAGAAGCAAGGCUUGCGUCGAAAUAUCAUUGGCAAGGAAGAAGAUAUCGAAGAAGAUGCAUUUGAAGCACUUUUCAAGCAGCUAGAGGAAGAUCUUAAAAACGAUGGCUUAUCAUUUGAUGAUGAUGAUGACGAGAUAACUGAGGAAGAUAUUAUAAAACUUGAACGUGAGUUAGAGGAAGCACUUGCUGACGAUGAGUUAGUGGGUUUGUUUGACGAUAUCGAGGAAGAGAUAAUUGAUGUCGGAGUUAAAGACAAGAAGGUGAUCAAUAAAAAAGGUACAACAGUGAAUGAAGUAAUCGAGAAAGAAUUUGAAAUCAGUAACGUAGAACUAGAGAAAGAGAAGAACAAAGAUGAAGAUGAAGACGAAGAGGGAGAUGACAUUGAAGAUGAUGACGGAGACGAAGACGAAGACGAAGAUGAAGGACCGCUGGAACUCAAAAGGUGGCAGCUUCGCAGACUGGCUUAUGCACUUAAAGAGGGACGCCGUAAGACUAAUAUCAAGAAUCUGGCUGCAGACUUAUGCCUUGAUAGAGCUAUCGUUCUUGAUUUACUCCGUGACCCCCCUCCAGAUCUUCUUAUGUUAAGUGCUUCAUUACCCGAUAAAGCCGAAUCAAGGAUAUUAGAACCCGUAAUCAAACCCGAGGAUGCUAUUCUAUUGGCAAGUGAAAGAGAUGCAAUCAAAGCCAAGCCCACCAACACAGAAGUCCCGAUUCAUCAAAUGCAAAAUAGCUGGUCUGCUAAAAAGAGAUUGAAGAAAGUGCAUGUUGAAACACUUGAGCAAGUUUAUAGACGAUCAAAGCGUCCCACUAAUGCCAUGAUUAGCAACAUUGUGCAUGUGACAAAAUUACCUCGCAAGAAAGUUCUAAAAUGGUUUGAAGAUAAGCGUGGUGAAGAUGGUGUUCCUGAUCAUCGCGUACCAUAUCAACGGGACAUGGAAUCUGAAAACAAGUCAGAGAUUAGCAAUGGCGAUGAUGCUACUGAGGUUAAAAAGAUCAUCUAGGAGGCUGGGCCUGGUGUAGGUUGACCACUGAAGAAGUGAGCCACUUGAAGAAAAAGAAGGUAAUAGUGAAGAAUAUCACAGUUUUGGUGGUGGUCGAGUGUGAGAAGGUGUGUUCGCUUGAAGCUAUCAUCGUCUUUUCUGACAAUGCGUCGUGGAGGGGAUCAAGGAAAAAUUCUAACACUGAUAUAUGAGUUUGGAAACCUACUUUUGUGAUGGGUCAAAAUAUGUGCGAUCGGGUCUAAAGUAUGUUUUAUUCUUAAGUAUUAUCAUUAUAUAUAUUUACAUUCGAUGGUGAUGCGCCUGUUAACCGACAUGUUGAAAGCGUUGCAUCAUUAUGGCAGGACAAGUUUGUUAUUGUUGUUGACGUACAAACAUGUAUUUGAACGUUGGUUGGGCAAACGGAAAAUAUUGAAGGUUUAUUGUGAGGGGUAAUGGCGCGGCUGAAAGUGAUGUCUAAUAUAAGAUCAACUACAAAUUUAAGGUA